UCAAAAACGAAGUAGCAAAAACAAACCCCACACACACAUUACACGAUGGAAGAAAGAGAAGACUCCGGUCCAACUCGCCCCGUUUCUCUUUCUUGGCCUCGUUCUCCUUGGAGUGAUUUUGGGUUCGUCCUCGGAUUACUGAGGAGGAUGGGGUGUUUCUUUGGAUGUUUUCGCGUAAAAUAUGAUAACCAGCCUCAUGCUCAUGUUGUCUCCGACGCAGUUGCAUCGAAGAAGAGGGAUGCUUUGCUAUCAGGAAAUAAACUAGGAUCAUUAUUUCUGUCUGAAGAGAGAGAAUCGUCUCCUUGCAAAGGCACAGGAUGUCAUACUCUGGGUUCUGCUCUGCUUGAAAGAGAUGGUGAAGUGAGGGAGCUCAGGGACGAGGCGAAAUUCCUUAAAGCCUGCGGUACACUCCUGGAAACUCCCGCAGAAAUUCGAAAAGCAUUGGAGAAAGUGAAAGAUUCACCAACCAGUGAUGGAGACUCACAACCUUCCAGGUUGCAUUCAUGGCUUUCCAGUUCUUCUGUCAAGAAACUCCACUGGGAGGAGCAACCUGAUCAGGUUUCUAUUUCCCCUGGUAAACUUCGUGAAGAACUGGGAGGGGAAUUGGGUUCUCCUGAGCACGAGCCUAGCAGCUGUAUGUCCAAAGGAGACAUGGUAGAGCAGAACUUUAUCAAAGAAGAUAGCAAGGUUUCGGGCCCUGACACAGAAAUUACAAAUCCUGUUUGCACAAUUAAUAAUGAUAAACUCUCCUCAGUUACUCCUGAGCCUUUGACAGAAAAUAUCCAAUCCAGGAACAAGAGUGUACGGUUUGAAUGUGAGUAUCCAUCAGAUGGUAAAUGUUUUAAGCAAUCUGAUGUCCCAGGUAGUCAUAAUGGAUCUAAUUGUUCUCCUUAUCCAACACCAUUGAGGCUAACUGAUGAGAUGCAAACUCCUGGAACCAUUUUUCCAGUAAGCCUAGAGAAUCAUGCAAAUGGAAAGAAUGCUCGAAUCAGGUCCCAGUAUGUCUAUCCAGUUCUCAAUCCUGUUGAGAACUUCUCUCAGUGGAAGGUUCUGACAGAAGAAGACGGUACUUACCAACAAAUUGGUCAUCAAAGAGAAUCUUUUGAGCAGAGUGGACAUGCAACUCCUCAGCGUACCUCUAUUUCUUUGUCCAGUAGGUCAGAAAUGUUUCAUGAUGGAGCAGCUACAGUUGGCAAAGACGUGAAGCUAGAUGCAAGCUUGGCUCAGUGGCUAAAGCCAUCUUUGCCAAAGAAUGACAAGAAUCAAAACAGUGGUGGUGGGUCUUUAUCUAUUGGGAAAUCUCCUAAAAUGUCAGACGAGGAUAGGCCUAUUAUUGGGAUGGUUGCUGCACACUGGAGCGCUGAUGAGAUUUCUCAUGUCUCACCAAAGUGGUGGGAUGGUAAUGGAAUCCCAAAUUCAACUAACAAAUACAAGGAGGAUCAAAGAGUAAGCUGGCAUGCAACCCCAUUUGAGGAGAGGUUAGAGAAGGCAUUAUCAGAAGAGAGUAAUGUCUAUCAAAGGAAGCAUAUCAGUGGGAGGCCUAUCAUUUUUGAAGAGAAUGAAGAGACUGACACUGCUGUAUCUCGACUACAUACUUCAGCACAACCAGAAUCAGUAGUUUCGUUUUGAUGAUUGUGGCAAUUUCAAUACUGUUAAUAGAAUCAGGGUGAUUGGUUUAUUUUGCAUUGCAUGUGAUGUGAAGGUGGGCAGAGAUUUAUCUCAUGAUGUUGCAUUUGAUCUUUAGGUUACUUGUUUGACUGGAGCUUAUCCUGUGGACUGCUCCAGCUGAUGUAAAAGAUUACAUUGACUUUUCUGCAUCUGGACGAACAGGUUGGGUUCUCUGGUGUUAAUCUCCUUGGUUGACUUCUGCUUGAGAACUCCUUGGGUCAUAAGAAAAUUUCCUGUUCAAUGAUGCAUAAGAGGGGUGUAUUGAUUGAAUAUUGAAGAGUAUUAUUGAGCUCAAUAAUACAGCCUUGCAAAUGUAUUGUAUUGAUAUUUGUGUGAAGUGCUGCUUCAGGCUAUCUAUAUCUCUGGCAAUCGCAAUACUGCAUGUUCAAGGUGGUU